CCACCUUUUCUUUUGAACGACAUCUACAGCCUUAAUAAAUAUUUACCAUCUGAUAAUACUGAUUCAUGCAUCAACGAUCUACCAAUAUUUAAUUUCACCUUUCAAAUUUAUACCUAGCCUCCUAACUCUCGAUAUGGAUGAGAUACCCCAUGGCCAUGGAAGCAAACACCGCCAUGGAGGAAAUAUCUAUUCCCACAAUUACUCUACCUGAAGCUGAGAAUUUGGUUCACGAGUUGUACAAGCCAAACCCCCCUCAGACCAUCUCCCGCAUCCAGGAAAUUCUUCAGAAUCUCCAGAAAUCCCCGGGAGGAUGGCAGCUUGCGGAUGGCCUUCUUAGUCGACCUAACGACAAUGUCAAGUUCUUCGGUGCCUUGACCUUUACCGUGAAAUUAAAUACCGAAAGUUUGUCUGACGAGGAUGCGGUUUCAGUGCUAAACAAGCUUAUCUCCUUUCUUGUCACUUCUUUAAGAGAUGGUACAGCUGGCUUUGUCGUGAAGAAGAUCUGCAGCACUCUAGUCACGUACUUCGUUCACUAUUCCCAUACGUGGUCUAAAUGCAUACGCCAUCUUUCAUGCAGCCUUGACAAACGCGCAAGUGUACCCAUCGAUGGUAUUGAUGACACUUCUCCCUUUGGAAGUGUGGUCCAGUCUUUAGAAAUUGAAAAUUUCUAUGCAAUUACUUGGUUUGCCCGAUUUCUGGCCAACGAGGCGGAGAAAAUUGACACCAAGUCCACCAAGUAUCUUCCCCUUCAUCAGCGACUGUUGGACAAUGCUGGUGACGUUGCGGCGUUUCUGGCCCAUGGUAUCAAGCCUGUUAGCGAGCAAAAUACCCACCCUGAAGAUUCCAUAGGUUGCUUGUUAGCCUGGCUUCAAUAUGGUCAGCGUCUUCCAAACCAGACAUUAGUCCAGCAACUUCGUACGCUUAUUCACCCUGUCAUCAACUGCCUUCCUCACGAAGAAUUAUACGAGGUUGCGGUUGACCUUCUUACGUUCAUCUUAGAAGAUUGGCACCCAUUUCUGCUUUCGGACCAUAUCGAAUCUCUGUAUUCCGUCUUUGAGAGCGAAUGGGGUCAAAAUAAAUAUCGUCUCUUAGUCGAAAACGACGAUGCAGACGAUGAUGAGGCUCAGUUUGGCGUGUUUAUGCUGGCUUUUGCUAAUGCCCAAGUAGUCGAAAUGAUGGACGCGACUAAUGAAAGAGCUCAACGCUUCCUUACCAGUAUCGCCGGUCUGCUGACGGCCAAAGGAUAUCCUGGCGUAGAUAACAAAAUAUUCGUCCCGGCUCUUGAAUACAUGGGAUCCUUCGUCGAAAAUCUGCUGGAUACCCUCUACGAAGCUGAGUCGACGCAUAAACUUCAAUGGGAUAAGCCGCCCGUAUGGCAGAUUAUGCAGGCUGUGUCGGAGAGUUGGCGAAAGAUACAAUACCCUCCCAUUGCCAUCUACAACUCCUGGGACUCCACAGAACGGGUUGCAUUUUCUGACGCGAGAAAGGAUGUCGCGGAUUUCAUGCAAUCUGUUUACACCAUAAUAGGCAAACAAUUAGUCUCUAUGUUUGCAGAACAUCUAUUAGAGGCGUUGCCAAGAUCGUCCUGGGCGGAGCUCGAGGCGGCUGCCUUCUGCCUCGGUGCCCUAUCCGACUGUGUAUCGGAUGGAACAUCGUGCGAUGACAUACUGACCAAGGUAUUCGGCUCCCCCCUAUUUGAGCUGUUGCGUCAGGGUCAGAACGUGGUGCCCGUCCGUGCGAGGCAGACGUGCCUCUCCCUUAUCGAACGCUUCUCGGAUUACUUCAGUAAUCACGCGGAGUUCCUACCGGCUGCCUUAAAUCUACUUUUCAGUGCUGUCGGAGAUAAGUAUCUCGCAGUACCUUCUUCUAAGUCGAUUUAUACGCUCUGCUCUUCCUGUCGGGUCCUCUUGACACCGGAGGUGGAUGCUUUCCUAGAGCAAUAUGGGGCGUUGCGCAGUCAUGAGCUCGAUUCGCUAGCAGAGGAAAGAGUCGUGGGCGCCAUCGCAUCUAUCAUACAGGCGAUGGCUGGGGACGCCCGCCAGGCGAGUGCCUUCCAACGCUUGCUGACGAUGGUCGGCAUGGAUGUCAACGUCAGUUUGCAGCUCUCAGCCUAUCCUGAAGGAUCUGUUCUGCCUCCCGAUAACCCGUCGUUAGUGAGGGCGUAUGACUUAGCGCAACGACCUGUAGAGGAUGUUCCAACGUCGGAAGUCUCGCUGCAAUUAGCCAUCCGAGCUCUUCGUUGCCUGAGUAGUAUCGCAAAGGGGCUUCAAUCGCCUACGGAAGCUCCUGUUGACCUAGAGGCUAGCGAUGGAGAUGCUCAAGCACCCGCUAGUACGGAUUUGAACCAGAUACAAGUUGACAUCAUGAAUCUCCUCGUUCGUCUUAAGGAAACGUUUUCGAGCAACAGCGAAAUCGUUGAUGUCACUUGCAGUAUUAUCCGCGCUGGAUUUUCUGAAUCAGAGCCAGGCCCGUUCGUAUUUCCUCCACGGAUGGUGACCGAAUUCAUCAUUAGCAGAUGGAACCAUCGUGUUGCCACGGUAGUAAACACGGCAAGCGUGUUUGUGACAUCUUUGUGUAGUGGAAACCAAAAAGGAUACGUUGGAGAGGUCCUUGGGCAGCUAUUGCCUUGGGUUUUCAGCCUAUUGCAUCAGCUCUCAGAGCCUGAGCAAGACCCCGAACUAUCCCAGUACGGUCUAGAAUUUGCUCACAGAGUAAUGGUUAGACGCCCGGAGAUACUGAUGUCUCAACCAUCGGACAUGCUUGAGUUUCUCUUCAUGUUCGCUUUUAAGCUGCUAAACGGGAAUGAACCAUUGCCGAAGCAAGAAGCAGCAGAAUUCUGGACCACCUUCAUUACGCUCACGACGGAUGAUCAAAAUACGCAGAACAUUGUCAACAAUGCGAUAACCUAUCUAGGUCCUAAACUCGCCGAAUCACUUAUCCAGAACAUAGGAGGCAAAGCGGCAAGAAGUGAAUUGGACAAACUCAGCGAUCCGCUGAAGAAGUUAGUAGUGCAACAUGCCCAGUCUCGUCAGUGGUUAGAGGCGGCUCUGCAAGAUCCAGCAUUCCCCAGCGACAAAGUAUCCGUAGAGGAUAAGGAACUAUUCCUCAAGAAGGUCAUCAUGUAAGUCUUUGUUUUGUCUAUUAUACUGAAAUACCGUAACUAAUGUUUCCACGUAGGCUCCGAGGUCAACGCGCAACGAAUCAAGUCGUCCGAAACUUCUGGUUGGCUUGCAGAGGAUCGAAUUUUGCAUAUGCGUCAUGAGAGCUAGGUCAUGGAUGGCAUUUGUGGCUGUUUAAGGCUGGAUGAGAUGUAGCUACCUACCGUCUAGAUACGGGACCGGAAAAAAAUAGUGCGCAAAUCUGAUCGUUUACGGAACUACAAUAGUGAUAC